GUCCCUCUCAGAUUCUGAUGAGAGAAGAAGAAAGUUCCCCUCUCGGUGAAGACGAAGACGAAGACGAAGACGUGGCGAAAUCUUUGGCUGUGUCAUGGCGGAGAUCGUUGAGGAUUCCAAUUUCAAUCGGAACAUCAGUAAUCGCAAUCCUCCACAAGACACAGUCGAAGUCAUUGUUCGAACCAUCGGCCCAACGCGCCCCUCUCGCCUUCUCACCCCUUCCACGAUCAAGGUGUGCGAUUUGCGAAAGCUGGUUGCAGAGAGUAGCCGAUUACCGAUUGGGAAUUUGAAGCUUAUUUUACGGGGAAAAAUUUUGGAUGACUGUAAAAAUGAAGAUGAUGUAUAUGUGCGGCUCAAUCAUGGCGAUUCAUUGACUGUUGCUGUGAAGCCAAAGCCUCCAGCAGAACAUCUUCGUGAUGAAUUUGAUGAAGAUGAGGAUGACCUGAAGUUUAGGCUUCCAGAGUCUUCAAGUCGUUUGAAGAAGAAAGUCUACACUUUUCUACGUGAGAAGUUGAAGUUUCCUGAUAUCCUUUUGAUGGUGGUUUUCUCUCUCAGUCUGAAGGGUUGGGCUGCUAUUCUCCUCUGGUUUAUCAUGGCACCUGUUGCCCAUAGCUGGGACCUUGGACCUUUAUAUAUACUUGGAACUGGUUUUUGCAUCAUUCUACUAAAUCUUGGACAUCGACGAUCUGGGGAAAUGAGUGCAUAUUCCAUCUUCAAUGAAGGUUUCAGAGAGCUUCCAGGGACACUGAAUGCCGAUCGUCUCGAUAGAGAUGUUCGGCUGGGUCAGUUCUGAUCACCUUAAUAUUUUAAUGUACUUGAAACAGACAAAAGAUUCCUGAGAAAGUUGUUGUGUUUUCUUCAUUCAUGUGUAUAAAAACCUCCGUAUAUCUUCAGUAGUAAUAGAUGACUCUCUCUCUCUUUGUUCUCUUUCUAACAUGAUUGAUUGGACGUAAUGUGAGACUGAUAGAUAUCAAGAAAUCGUGGAAGGCAAGUUGGCGUUUGUGUUGUGUUA